GUAGGCUUAGAAAAUUUAUGAAUAUAUUUAAGAUUAAGAGGCAUUAUUGUAUAGGGGACGCCUUAUCUGUCAAUCUUUCUGAGACUGUAAAUAUUCCUCAGAGUUGGGAUCUUGUUGAGCAAACAUCCAUCACUGCUGUCACUGUCAACUUCUCUACAAUCGAUUGUGGUCUUAAGACCACCUUUGAUCUCAAGCUUGACAUCUCCGUUAAGAACAACACUCCUGAUGUAAUUAUUCUCCAGAGAAGUUUUGAUCAUUCUUCUCCUGUUUAACUUAGGAGCUUUUGGACUGAUAGUCAUCUUUCUGUUGAAAGAGUCAUCU